CUUUAUUACUUAGUCUGCCGUUACUCGCUCGCGCGGCUGGUGGCUCGCGCCGCACUAGUGCACCAACUCUUUGUUCAGUGUAUACACAGACCCUUUGUGCUACUGGUCACGCGAUGGCAACGCAACUCUUUGUUUUGGUGAAGUAAUCAGUGUUUGUAAUUUGUAUCGAUCACAAUGGCCGCAUCGAUAUCGAUCCCCGACACGCAGUCGGAUUCCCAGGAGACCAACUCUACGUCUCUCGUGGAGGAUACAUUCAACAUUUCUUUCGAAAACAUAUGUUAUAAAGUGCGCGGAUUUAUAAAAGAGCCAAAAGUAAUACUGGAUGGGGUGAACGGCCAGUUCAGUGCGGGCGAGCUCAGCGUGCUCAUGGGGCAGUCCGGCGCGGGGAAGAGCUCGCUGCUGGACAUCCUCGCUGGAUACACAAAACCGACAAGCGGCAGGAUACUUCUCAAUGGCCGAGUCAGAAACGAGAAGAUGUUCCGUCGGCGGUCGUGUUACAUCCUGCAGGAAGACAGGAUACAGGACACACUCACUGUGGAGGAGUCGCUGAACAUCGCUGCUGAGCUGAAGCUCGGCAACCAAGUCAGCAGGGAGCAGAAACAGGAGCGAAUAAAAGAGAUUAUAACGUCGUUAGGAAUAGUCAGUAAUCGUCACACGAGAGCGUGCAACCUGUCUGGGGGACAGAAGAAGAGGCUGGCGAUAGGACUGGAGCUCGUCACAGACCCCGCCAUCAUGUUUCUGGACGAACCCACCAGUGGGCUGGACAGUUCCACGGCAAAGCAAAUAAUGUACCUUCUCCACCUGCUGGCUCGGCAGGGGCGGACGGUGGUCAUCAGUAUACACCAGCCGUCAGCGGCGCUGCUCUCUCUAGUGGACAGGCUGUAUGGGAUAGCUGCUGGCAAGUGCGCUUACAUCGGCUCCGUCCGCCUGCUCAGACCUUUCUUAGAACAAUUCGACCUAGUGUGCCCUCUUACUCACGAUCCUGUGGAUUUUUUUAUUGAAAAAAGUGGAGAGAAAACUCAAAAUGACUUAGUGAAAAAAUUAGAAAACGGAAAAAGCAUACAAUGGAUAGAAAAUACAAUUGAGAUCGAUAGUGAUAUAGUAGAUAAUAUAUUUAAAAAUAGUAACAGCGAUAGAAUAUGUUUGACGUCGUUGCCACCGCCGAAGGAAGAUCCCACAAGCAAGAUACUAAUGGCACUGAAAAGUACGUAUCCAACGACAUCUUGGAAACAAUUCUCUGUGCUAACACGAAGAGCUUGUUUACUGUUAUGGCGUAAUCCGUCCAACAUUCUCAUGAUAACGAGCAUCCACGUGUUGAUGGCUCUCUUUGUUGGGACGUUAUUCUACGACAUCGGUUGGAACGCGUCAUACGUGAGGGACAACUACAACCUUUUGUACUUCUGUCUCAUGUUCAUCAUGUUUACCGCUUUCAGUAGCGUCUCCGUCAAUUUUCCAGAACAAAUACCAAUCAUAAGACGGGAGCAUUUCAAUCGAUGGUACAACGCGGGGUCCUACUAUUUCUCCACGCUGGUCUCCUGUCUCCCUCUCCAGACGGUCUGCACUCUUCUGUUCUCCGGCAUCACGUACUACAUGGCUGGACAGCCGCUGGAGGCCAAGAGAUUCUUCAUAUACAGCCUGACUCUGCUCCUAGUGUCUUACGUGGCGCUCAUCAUUGGCCUCUUUAACGGAUCCAUAUUAAAUGUUAAGAACGGCGUUAUUUUCGGGCCAUUCUUUAUUAUGCCAUUCACAAUAUUCUCGGGAUUCUUCCUGCGGCUCUGCGACGCUCCGUCAUACAUAAGAUGGCUCUUCCACCUGUCGUUCCUGAAGUACGGUCUGUCCGGCAUGGUGAUAUCCAUCUACGGCAUGGACCGGGAGAAGUUACCGUGUACCGAUCUCUUCUGCUACUACACCUACCCCAGACAAUUCCUGAAGGACAAUGAAGUAGAAGGAGUGGAAUACUGGACUGUGGUCCUAGCUUUAUUUAUCAUAGCAUUUGUGUUCAUUCUAUGUGCCUAUAUAGCUUUAAAGAUAAGAUUAAAAUGUAAAUGGUGAAGAGAUUCGUAUUAUAAUUUAUAAUGGCUGUGAAUUGGGACCUUUGGUAUAUUAGUCGGACAUGUGCUGUAUAGUUGCGACUUGCGAGCAGGGUGGCUGCGUUCAUCGUGAAAUUUCGUAGGCGAGAUAGCUUUCAUCUCUCUAGACUCAGAGUUUAUUAAAUUAUUAUUUAUUUAUUGGCUGGAUGCAGUCAUUUUGCCCGUUUUGAUGUCAGACUAAUGUGACGAGCCAUAAAGGGGAUUCCGCAGCGCCGACGUAUAUCAUGCUGUAAUCGAGAUAUUAUAUUUAAGCUUUAAAUAGCGAUAUAUCAGAUAAAUAAAUGUUUUGUUAAUUCUAAGAAAGUUUUAUAUGUAAUUAAGAAAAUAUACAAGGGAAUGAAUGGUCAAUUUAAGUAUAAUAUAUAAGGUAGAAGUAAUGGGUUCAAAGUUUUGAUAUUUCUUAACCCUACAGGCAAUAGUUCUGAGACGAGUCAUACAUUACCAAUGUGCCAGAAUUUUGUACAGAAUAUUAAUAUAAAACUAUAUACUCGUAGAUUAAUGGAUCAUAUUAUGUUGAUCUAGCCUGGAUUAUUGUAAACCACUCAUAACAUUUUUCUUAAUAACUUUGUCGUAUCCUCAAAAUAGCCAAAAAGUUUACAAGUAUGAAAUAACUGUUUAUUUUUGGAUAAACCGUAAGAAUUUGUCUAACUGGUAUUUUAAAUAAAUAAGAACAACCCAGUGCAACCCUGGUUUUCUAUCAUUUAAGCUGGCCUGAUAAUGAUUGUAAUGAUCCUGUCGUCAGUCCCAGUAAUGAUAUUGUGAUCAUUACUGGUUUCCUGUUACUUAGAUUAUUAUUAUCGGGGGUUUUACACCUCACCUUUUGCAAAUUACAAAGUAAAUCUAAAUCUCUACAAAAAUGUGAGCUAUCUACAAAAUGGAGAUUAAAAGUAUUUGCUUUUACAUACCUAUAUAUAAUUAUAAGAUAGAUACAAAAUGUUAUAAAUUUAUCGUUAUCCAAAACUGAUUGUUUUUGAACAUGACUUAUUUUGUAAUACGAGUAUGAAGUGGGGAUUCUCAAGCAACAAAAAAUGUUUUAAUGUAAAAUGUAAAAGUCUUACAGAUUAUUUCUAUAUGUGUAUUAUAAAUUUGUUUGUUUGCUUGAGUUGCUACUUGCUCAUGAGAAAAAACAUAUGCCUUAUUUUUAUGGCGGUGAAAUGUGCGAUACCGGUAGCAUUUUAUUAUGUCCAAACAAAGUCGCGAAAAACAUUCAUAAAAAAUUAUAAAUAAAUAUAUGUAUUGUAAAGAAAAGUUAAAUAAUUUUACAUUCCGAUUUCCAAUAAAACUUGGUAUGUAUACAGGGUGCAAUUAAACCUAGCG